GUUUGGUGGUGGCCGCAAGCGUGAAGGGCUGGGGUGCAGUGCUCUGGUAGGUGGGCGCAGCAGUUCGCCGCUGCCCGCCUGAGCUGCACGGCCCGCCUUCUGCCUUUUCUUCCUGUGGCGGGAACUGUUGGCUGCGGAAACAGUCGGGUCCCUCCGGGUAGGUCUUACCCACAGGUCUCCGCAGAACUUAGAUAUUAUAGAUCGUCAGUAGAAAACUUCUAGAAAGAAGAAACUGAGAGAAAUUUGAAAGUGAUAAAAUGGAAGACAAAGAAUUGGCAACAGAUGCAGAGGACAGCAUGGAAAUUUUACUUCAUUCAUUUGUGUAACAAAUUUAUUCAGCAAAACUUUGUUGAACACCUGCCCUUGCUAGGUAUUGUCUUAUGCAACAGAACACAGCAGUGAACAAAACAGACAAAAAUCUCCUGUCCAUGCACAACUAUAGCUGAUGAUGUCUUCCAGUUACAAUAUAUACAGAGUUGGCAUCUCUUUUGUCAUAAUGUGCAUUUUUUAUAAGUCAGCAGUAGACUCUCUAUCAGAACUGAGCCCUCAGAAAUACUUCAGUACACUGCAGCCAGGAAAAGCCUCCUUAGCUUAUUUUUGUCAAGCUGAUUCUCCAAGAACUUCCAUAUUUCUUGAAGAACUGAAUGAGGCUGUUAAACCUCUCCAGGACUUUGGAAUUUCAGUUGCAAAGGUUAAUUGCGUCAAAGAAGAAACAUCAAGAUACUGUGGAAAAGAAGAGGAUUUGAUGAAAGUAUAUUUAUUCAGGGGCAACAUCUUACUCAGAGAAUUCCCUACUGAUACCUUGUUUGAUGUGAAUGCCAUCGUUGCUCAUGUUCUCUUUGCUCUUCUUUUUAAUGAAGUAAAAUAUAUUACCACUGCGGAAGACCUGCAGAGCAUAGAAAAUUCUCUGAAAGGAAAAGCAAACAUUGCAUUCUCGUAUGUAAGAGCCAUUGGAACACCAGAGCACAGAGCGGUCAUGGAAGCUGCUUUUGUGUAUGGGACCAUGUACCAGUUUGUCCUAACCACGGAAAUUGCCCUUUUGGAAAGUAUUGGCACUGAGGCUAUAGAAAAUGCACAUUUCUACUUUUUUCAUUGUAAACAAGUCUUGGAUUUGACCCAGCAAUGUAGAAGGACACUGAUGGAACAGCCACUGGCUACACUAAACAUUCAUCGAUUUAUUAAGACAAUGGAAGCACCUCUACUGACUGAAGUUGCUGAAGACCCUCAACAAGUUUCAACCGUUCAUCUGCAACUAGGAUUACCGCUGGUUUUUAUUGUUAGUCAGCAAGCGACACGUGAAGCUGACAGAAGAACUGCAGAAUGGGUUGCUUGGCGUCUUCUGGGGAAAGCGGGAGUUCUACUCUUGUUAAGGGACUCCUUGGAAGUGGACAUUCCUCAACACACUAAUGUGGUCUUCAGAAGAGCAGAAGAGGGAGCGCCAGUGGAAUUUUUGGUGUUACAUGAUAUUGAUUUAAUAAUAUCCCGUGUGGAAAGUAAUACACACAUUGAAGAAAUACAAGAAGAUGAAGAUGAGGACAUGGAAAGUCCAGAUAUGGAUAUUCAAGAUGAUGAAGUGGCAGAAACUGUUUACAGAUAUAGGAAGACACAGUUACCUUUGGAACUCACAGUGGAGCUAACAGAAGAGACAUUUAACGCUACAGUAGUGGCUUCUGAUAGCAUAGUGCUUUUCUAUGCUGGUUGGCAAGCAGUAUCCAUGGCAUUUCUGCAAUCCUAUAUUGAUUUGGCAAUUAAAUUGAAAGGCACAUCCACUAUGCUGCUUACUAGAGUGAACUGUGCAGAUUGGUCUGAUUUAUGUACUAAGCAAAAUGUUACUGAAUUUCCGGUUGUAAAGAUGUACAAGGAAGGCAAGCACCCGGUAUCUUAUACUGGGAUGUUGGGAACUGAAAAUCUCCUAAAAUUUAUUCUGCUCAACAGGAUUUCAUGCCCAGUGAACAUAACAUCUGUCCAAGAAGCAGAAGAAUAUUUAAGUGGGAAAUUAUAUAAAGACCUGAUACCCUACUCUAGUGUGUCUGUGCUGGGACUAUUUAGCCCAAACAUGACAAGAGCAAAAGAAGAUUUCACUGAGGCAGGAAACUACCUAAGAGGAUGUGUUAUCACUGGAAUUUAUUCUGAAGAAGAUGCUUUGACACUGUCAAAUAAAUAUGCAGCAACACUUCCAGCUCUGCUGCUAGCCAGACACAAAGAGGGCGAAGUAGAGAGCAUUCCAUUAGCUAACUCCCGUGCACAAGACAUAGUUCAAAUAGUAACCAAUGCAUUACUGGAGACAUUU